UUCACAACAUGAAGGAUUUCAAUGGAGGAGAGUAAACUAGUAGAAUCGGUUGUAGCUUCCUCCAUCUCUCCAUUUUUUGAUAACUUGUUGUUCAUGAUAUUAAUCCAGGAUGCAUGGUAUCAAUCAUGUGUGAUCUCUCUCAUUAUAUGGGGAUUUUCUUAUACUUUAUCGUCAAUGGACAGGCUAAUUAUUUGUGAUGUACUUUGCUUUGCUGCCUUGCCAGACGCAAUCGAGUCCAAGACUCAAUGAAAGUAGCAAUUACAUGAUCGAAGGGGUGAUCAAGCAAAUGCUUUUUCACGAUUGAUGAAUGUUAUUAUAUAGGGAUUCUUAUUUAUUUUAAGAUCCAUUGUAAAAUGUAAUUUACAGAUGUAGUCGUGAUAGCUUGUCUCGUCAUUGAUGUAUUUUUCUAUGAGAACAACUGUUGUAACUAAAAGACUUACAAAUGACAAUUUUAUUGUCACAAUAAUAUGUAUUUGUAAUAACUCAAGUCCUCAAUAUUGUUCUCUGAUGCUAUUUGAAUAAAAACAAU